AUGCUUCAAGGCUCGACUUGGGGUCAGGCUGAGGGCGGCGAUGACAACUGGCAGCAGGGUCGUGAUGACGUCCCCACUGUUUGUGACCUCGCCCGUCGACAGCAUGCGCAGACCCUGCCAGAAUGCGAGCCCGUAACCCAGGUAGACGGUGGUGCACUCCGCCAAAAACCAACCCUGAAAAGGAACGAGAUCUUGUCGCCCCCGCGGUGCGCCUCGCACAGAGACUCGUCAAAACCUGACCACCAGGCGCUCGCGCAUUUCAAAGGCAUGCACCGUGCGGAUGCUGCCCAACAACUCCUUGGCAUAGGUAUUGGCCUGGACGUCCUUUUCGAGCACUUUGGUCUCGUAGCCGGCAUCGACAAAGGACACGACGGCCAUGAAGACGACGGAUAG